AUGUCGGCAACCACGGGAACAUCAGAGCUUAAGACCAUCCGCAAGAAGCGCGCUGCCGCUUCCGAUGGUACCGCCGCACCGACGCCUGCGCCUGAGGGUGACCACCGCAAGCGUCGCCGCAAUCGCACUACUCAGUCGUGCCUUAACUGCCAUACAUCCAAGCGCAUGGUAGGCUCGGCACUCGGCACUCCCAAACCUCUUCUGACAUUUUUUGUUGCUUCCAGUGUGACAGGAAACGGCCCUGUGGCCGCUGCACCCAACUUGGACUUGAACGAUCUUCAGGACGAGAGCUCUAGGCUACGCAAGCGCGUAGCUGAGCUUGAAGGAGUCAUCCGAGAGGUCUCCCAGCUUAAGAAUAAGCCCCAUCCUCGAUGGGUGCAGUCAGGCAUUACUCCAAGUGAAGGACUGGAAAAAUGGCAUGCCCGUGCGCAGUCACGCUCAGCGUCUUCCGAUGGCGAUGACAAUGCCAAGAACUCGGCUGCGCCUUCUCCGAGGCUUGCCAAUGCUUGCACCGCCGACAUUAUCGCAGAGGCCAGCUCGUCUCUACGAGCUUCACCGCCAAACUCCUUCCUCGCACCCUCUUCCUUUACAUCACCCUCUCCUGAUGCUGCUUUGCCAAACCUCCCACCUUGCUCGCCAUACUAUGGAAUGAGUUCCUCGCCCCAAAGUACACCAUCGCCUGCUAUGCUCACUCCCAACGACGAAUACUCUCGCUCUCAGGCCAUGAUUGCAGGCAGCGAGCCACAGCUCGACUUAGCAUCAAUAUUCAUGUCAUAUCCUGGCCUCAUGGGAUGCGAGGACACUCUCAGCCACACAGAUCGUUCCUUCGGCGGGGAGUGUCUGGUAGAACCGAUGGAAGAUUCGUCGCUAUCCUCGAAGCACCUCACGACUCGCUUUCACGACGGUCAUUGUGGCUGCCUCGGAGAAUCGCAGAGCUAUAACGCCAUUCUUGAGCUUUCAUUGCGACUACGCAAGGCCGCAUACAUUAUGAACCGUUCAACAAAUCACCGGCUAGGUUCUGGCUGCAUACUCAAUCAGCGCAUCGCCGAGUUAGAUGCGUUAGCAUCGACAACUCUAGGGAAUAUCAACAGCCCUCCAAAUGAAUUCCAGGCUGUCCAUACGAGAUCCCGUGCCGCUACUUUACCGAGCUCAGCAGCACAUUCCACGGGCCACGUUGCUCCAACAGUUUCCCCGAACUCCUUGCAAGGCUUUCGAUCAUGGGAACUAAUGCAAUCGUCCAUACCGGACUCCAAUACGUGCGAUGAUUCAUUUAUGUCAUGGGAGCCGUCUAGACGAGGCUAA